ACCACCUUUUCCUUCAACAUAUCCGUACCGUUGCCAAGUGCUACGUACCUUGUACCUUCAUGACCUUAUAAUAAUAAUUAAACCCGAUAGUACCUUGUCAUAAAGCUAAAUUGGAAUAUCUGUUCAGCGUGUUGUCAGAUCGAGUGACACUGCCUGUUUAGAAAGGUGAAGGACUUGCUUACAAAGAUGUAAUGGAUGCUGCAGAGGAUAUCAGCAAGGCCAGAUGCAUAGCGACUGAACCUAUCAACUUUCUUCUCCUAGCGAUCCAGGGGAUGUUGGUAACACUGCGGACUCUCUAUAUCCAAGAAACUCUGGCCAGUGACUAUGGGUACAACUUGCUUCCUCAACAAAGAGGCAAUUGUUCGCUCCAGAACGUGACAGAUCCUUUGGAAGUCCAGAUAAACUCCGAGACUGCCCUGUGGAUUAUGUGGUUAUCAAGCAUCUCAACCUUCUUACCAAUUCUCACUGCUUCAGUUCUGGUGGCUUCUUCGGACUUCAUCGGUCGGAAACCCAUUCUCAUACUUUCAGCAAUUGGCCAUCUCAUUGCGUCUCUCAUCUAUUUGCUCGUUUCUUUAAUAGACCUACCACUUUCUGUAACCUUGCUUGCUGCCAUAACGUUAGGAAUCAGUGGUGACACAUCUGCAGCAAUCACUGUAAGUACUGCCUACAUCGCAGACUCCACGAGCGGUAAAUCGCGCACACAGAGACUGGUUUUACAAUCACUUGCAACUUAUGUAGGAUGGGGUAGCGGUCAGGCCUUCGCAGGUAUUCUUGUAAGGUACCUUGAUAACUUCUCAGUGUGUUUUGCCAUACCGGUAGCAUUAUCAGUCAUAAACCUCUUUUAUACGAUAUGUCCAGGGAUUCUUUUGGAGACGAUAUCGCAUCGUGAGUAUUUCAAUUUCAAGAAAGUUCUCCACAAAAGUUUUAAGAACCUCAGAGGGGUGUUCGGAAUGAAGGCAUCGAAAGGGAGACGCAAUGUGUGGUGUCUGAUGACCAUUAUUUGCUUCAUAAUGUUCGUCGUAGAGAGUGUUUACGAUGUAAUAGUCAUCUACGGCCUUGGAAGACCAUUCUGCUGGACACCUGAUGUCGUAGGGUACUAUUAUGCUGCCGUUUCCCUUUUCCCAGCAGUAGUUGCAACGGUUACAGUGAGGCCACUACUUCGAUGCCUUUCCGAGUACUGGCUCGUUCAUUUUUCGUUGAUAUCUCUUAUCGCUCAAAUAUUGACGUCUGCAUUGGCACCCACAACGCUUCACCUGGCAGUCAGUGCUACCGCUGUGAGCUUGUUCAGGACAACAGCUUCACCUGUCUGUAAAGGUCUCAUAUCUAAGACGGUUAGAAAGAAAGAGCAUGGAAUGUAUUUUGCCCUGCUUUCCCUUUUUUUGAGUCUCUCGAGUGUCUGUUCGCCUUUUGUUAUUAAUGGACUCUUCGCUUACACCAUCAAGACGGGCUUUCCCCAAAUCACUUUAUACGUGACCGCAGUUAUUCUACUGAUUCCUAUAUUUCUGAACGGGUUGCUGCAAUACAACGACAGGAGGAUAAGAAGUGGUGAAAAAUCGUCAAAUGUCGACGAUCAUGAGGAUGAUGACGAUCAAAAAGCUCGAUCUCCAAACCAAAAUCUUAAUUUCGUAUCCAGCGGAGAUGAAAAAGAAAUUAAAGGAGCUAUGAAAGACGAAAACUGACAGUCAAGAAUAAAGUAUUAUACUCAUUCUUGGAAUAUCAGAAGGGAUCACCUACUAAGGCUGAAUCUAGAUUGCCUCACAAAGUUGUUUUGCAUUAUCAUUAAUUAAGUUUACAUUUAUUAGCAUUCUUGCCGAUUUUCCAUCUCUAAUCAUGAUUAUUGGUUUUCGUCUCUAUAUUCAUAUUGAAAAUCAAUUAUUAGAUUGUGUUAAAUAACAAUCUAAAUAGCUUGAGAAUAAGAUCGAGUUCUCAAUCUAAUACAUCAAAAUUUUCAUUCUUAUUUGAAUUAGUUCCUCACAACAAUCUAAAGAAUUUAUAGAGUAUAGUUCUGAGUACCAUCAUGUAAAUCCAAGUGCAAUGUUAGUCUAAUUAGAUAUUUAGUUAUAAAUAUCAUAUUGCUUCGUACGAUGGGCUGAUAUAUUGAUUAUCGUUAGAACCAUAAUUCGCUUGAAUAUCUGCCUCAGUGAACAUGGUGAGCAAUAGUCAAAUAGGAUCGGGGAGUAGAGGCGUAAUGCAUGACACCUGGGUACUUUAAUCAUGUUAAUAGGAGGGGUGCUCUCUCUUUUACACUUCUUUCUUCUUUGUUAGAUUCCCCCGCUUCUUUUUCUCUUCGCUUUUUCCAUACUUGAAAAAUCUUAGAGGACAUGUAGUGCCGCCCUUUGGAGCAGCCAUAUGGGAUGAUCGAAUAAAUAAUAAAUUUAGUGUUGAAUAUAUUUUUUCAAUCUGGCUUUCAGACAAAAUCAUAUUUUAUAUAAUUUACAUAUAAUUCACCCAAUUUACAUAUCAGUAAAAAUAGAAUGGCCGGAUCUUUUUGUUUCAUACGGAAAUUGAUAUGACUGGACAAAAAUGUCUUUACAAGACAAUGUGUCACUUUUGACUCCAAUUAUUGCUUCAAGAACUUGGCGUAAUACCAAAUUUUAUUAGAAUCGACUUUGAGCCAGUAUUAUUAGUGCGUCCCACAAAAAAGGAAAUCCGUUUUCAGAGAUAGAUUUCAAACUUAUUAAAUAUGAUUUUUACUAUACUCAUGUCAAGAUAAGAGUAGAAUCUCAUCUCGAAAAGAAUCGAAUUGAAACCAACAGCUAAGCAAUUCGUUCACGCGUGGCAGAUUACAAACAAUAAAUAUUGAGGCAUAUCAGAAAAGAUUUGCGCAGAAAUUUCGCGUGUGAAUCUGAAUUGACUCUCAUUUCUGAGAUCAGUGAGAGAAGCUUAACAAAGAAUACAAAGAAAUGCUAAUGAGCCAAUCGUCAAAUAAGCACGGCCGUCGUAUCACGAGCCAAUCUUGUCCCGUUUUUUCUGCGCAACCUGGUUUUGACAUUAAAUUUCAAACUCGUCUUGCUCAUUAAAUGCGUGAAGUGUUCAUCUCACGUUAGGUAUUCAAACAAAGAGGAAUAAUUGAAUUAUAUGACAAUGUAAAAGAAAUAUCAUAAUGUAUUUGUCUUUGAAGAAAAAAAGACCUGGGAAUCUUGGUUUCCUUUUUCUGGGACGCACUGUUUAGGUCGUUAGUUAGAUAAAAUGGGAAAGCGAGCAGGGGGAAGUGGGAUGGGGGGGGGGGGCAAGAAUCUAGUUUGGGCCCUUUUUGCAGUAUAAAAUGUUCUCUGUAGCUUCUUACCCUUUCUUACGGAAAACAAUAUCAGCGUUUAUUACAAAAUAAGGUAGAUAACGGGAUAGAUAUUCAUUUUUUUGUUGCAAAUAAUCAUUAAAAAUACAGGUGAAGUUGAAGGAGAAGAGGUUCAUCGUGGAUACAAUCAAAUGUAAUUUUCGCAUAAAUCCGAGCUUACAAUUUUCUUGAGAAUAACAUCAAAAUAAAAAAAAGUUUGGAAAGUA